AUGGACUUUAGUGCAAACGCACCAAAGCAAUGGAAAAUGAAUGAAACAGCAAAGAAGAAGCAUGUUAGGGAACCACCUUCAGUUCCUUUCAUAUGGGAACUAAAGCCAGGCACUCCUAAGAAAGAUUGGAAGCCAGAGGUCUCUUCAGUUGCCCACAUCCCUCAAACUCCUCUCAAACUAAUUGCCUCAAUCCCAUUUGUUUGGGAAGAAAAACCAGGACAACCCCUUCCUAAUUUCUCACAUCUUUCAGUUGACCCUGUGCUUCCAAAACCGGACAAAAUACUCAUUCAUGUAGCAUCAUCUUCAGGUUUUUCUUCUGCAUGCAACUUUGGCCAUGAUGACAAAGACAAAGGAAGCUGCGAUUAUGACAGUGAAGGCAUAACUAGCUUAGACCUUGAAGCUUUUAGAUUUGAUGCAGAUGGGUCAUUUGAUUCAGUUCCCUCACUACUUGCCAAUUGUCUUGUGCCAUCAGCAAAAGUUUCCAGUGCCAUUCCACUGAUAGAAACCCCCUCCUCACCAGCCUCCUCAGAUUCAGAUAGUAGCACAAGCAGCUAUGCAACUGGCAGAUCAAGUCCAAUUGGUGCUACUUUCCUUGAGAGCCUAUUUCCUUUGUAUACACCUAAGUCUGUCUUCCUUGAAAGGGAUGAGAACUUGGAAAAAGAAACUUUGAGUACACAAGAACCAGGAGCAAAAGAUUUUUAUCAUGAAGAUAUUGCCAGUGACAUGAUAAGGAGGCCACCAACACUCCAAGAGUUAAUUAUGAUGAGCCGGAGAAGAAGCUGCAGAAGAAAAGCAGUUCAAAUGAAUAAAUGGGAUCCACCAAAGAAAAUCACAAGAAAACAAACUUUUGGAUGCUUCCCGAUUGUAACUAACAGCAAUAUGAUUGAGGGGCUGCUGAAAAGAAAGUAUUUUCCCAGACUUAAACUGAUAUAG